AUGGAAAAUGUGGAGAAGAUAUACAUCCGGAACAAAGGCGACCUGUCGGACAAUUUUUUUUACUUCUACAACUGGGUGAAGGUGAACUUCAACACGUGCCUCAUCAUAAGUGAGAAUAGCAGCCUGCGGAGCAGCAUCCUCGUGGAGUUGCUCAAUGGGAAGAGGCUCGUGCUGAGUGAAAUCAACGUGUGUGAGGCGUUGUUGCGGCUCACCUGCGGUGGGGGUAGCGAUGCGGUCAGCGGUGCAGUUAGCGGUGCACCUAGAAAUAAUAUCGCUGACCAAUGUUGUGAUGCUGUGCGCGAGGAGGAGCUCAAGUUCUACCUGAAGGGGCAGCUUGCGAAGGACAAGCCGAUCGACGAGCAGUUCCUUCAAAGGGUGGAAGCAGAAAUGGCCCUGCAGAAGGUGUUUUGUAAAGACAAACUGAACUUUGUGGACUUCCUCCUUUUCUCCAUUUUUAAAAAAGCCAAAGUAGAUCGAGUGAAUGAUGCUCAAGGUAGGUAUCCCCACCUGAGCGCAUGGCUUUGUAAAAACAAUUUCUCAAUCAAGGAGGAAGACAUGAACUCCUUUGCCAGCACAAACUUUAUUCAACAAAUUAUUGAAGACGAUUUGAAGAAGAAAAAACACACAUGUGUCAUUACAAGGUUUCCACCUGAACCAAAUGGUUACCUGCACCUGGGUCAUGCAAAAAGUAUAUGUUUAAAUUUCGGUUUAUCGGAGAAGUAUGGAGGGAGGACUCACUUACGGUUUGACGAUACGAACCCAGUGACGGAAGAAAUACGGUACAUAGAAUCUAUUAAGCAGGAUGUGAAGUGGUUAGGGUUCGAUUGGAACGAGCAUUUGUACUUUGCCUCCGACUACUUCGAGCAGCUGUACGAAUGGGCCAUUCAAUUGAUAAAGCAGGGGGAUGCGUAUGUGGAUGAUCAGUCCAUUGAAGAGAUAAGACAAAAUCGAGGAAGUUUAAAACAACCCGGAGUUAACUCACCGUACAGGGAAAGAAGUGUUGAAGAAAAUUUAACUCUUUUUACAAAAAUGAAAUUAGGAGAAUUUGGAGAAGGAGAAAAGGUGCUUAGAGCCAAAAUAGAUAUGGCUUCAGGGAAUAUAAACUUAAGGGACCCUAUUAUUUACCGCAUUAUGCAUAAGACACAUCCUAAGAGUGGAAACAAGUGGGUGAUAUAUCCCAUGUAUGACUUUGCUCAUGGACAAUCGGAUUCAAUUGAAAAAAUCACUCACUCUAUUUGUACCCUUGAAUUUGAAACUCAUAGACCCUUGUAUGAGUGGUUUCAGGAGAAGCUUGGUAUAUACAGGACGAGACAAAUUGAAUUUGCUCGACUCAACGUUACUUACAUGGUGAUGAGCAAAAGGAAGCUGCUAACCUUGGUCAAUGAAAAGCAUGUAGAUGGGUGGGAUGACCCACGGAUGCCAACCAUCUCCGGGAUGAGGAGAAGAGGGUACAGUCCUGAAGCCAUUAAAGAUUUCUGUAGCAAAGUUGGAGUGGCAAAGAGAGAAAAUAUUAUUUCUUAUGAGUUAUUAGAAUUGUGUGCAAGGGAAGAUAUGAACAAAAAGGCCAAGAGACUGUUUGCCAUUUUAAAGCCGCUUAAAGUUGUUAUAACGAAUUUCGUUCAGAACAAUGAGGAGUUGCAUGAGCUCACUGCACUGAACCAUCCUAAGAAUGAAUCCAUGGGACAAAGGACUUUGAAAUUCGAACAGGAGAUUUACAUUGAUGAGGAAGACUUUCAGGAGAACCCACCCGAACACUUCUAUCGACUGGCUCCAAACAGGACAGUCCGACUGAGGUACGCCUUCUGCAUCACUUGUCAUGAGGUAGUGAGGGAUGAGGACACCAAUAGAGUAGUCGAGCUCAGGUGCACCUAUGACCCGGAGAGUAAGAGCGGCGCGAAUGUAAGUCAAGGCGGCGCGGAAAGUUCGAAAAAAGUAAAAGCCACCAUCCACUGGGUAGCCAAGUCAAAUGCGCAAAACGCGCAGUUCAGAAUCUACGACAAGCUCUUCACCAAGCCGAACCCUGAAUCCAACGAGGACGAUGAGAAUGUGGAAAAGCUCAUGGAGAAUUACACAGCACAACUGGGCAAGCAAAACUGCCACACGGAGGAAGAGGAAGAAGAGGAAGAGAACGACGCUCCCAUGGAAAAGCAAAACCAAGUGGAAGAAAAUAACCUGGGGUGGAGAAAAUACAUCAACAAAAACUCCCUACAGGUCCACCAGGGUAUCGUCGAGAAGUAUGCGUCCAGUUGUAGCGUGGGAGAAGCUAUUCAGUUUGAGCGUAUCGGCUUCUUCACCAAGGACAGGGAUUCCACCGAGGAUUGCCCCGUUUAUAAUUUGACCGUUGCGCUUGUGGAGAACAGUGCGCUGAAGAAGAAGAAGGAGGACCUCGUUAAGAAGGAGCUGGACCGUCUGAAGCGGGAGAAAGCUGCCUCCGAGCGCCGCCUCAAGCGGGAGGAGCGCAAGCUGCGCGAGCAACGCAAGCUGGAGCAGGCGGCGGCGGCCAAGGGUGAUGCGAACGAAGUUAGUGGCGCGAACGCCAGUUAA